AUGUUCGAGGUAGGAGCUGUGACUUUGAUGGAUCGAGCUGAAACACGAACUCCUGCACAAGGAGACUUUGGUGAUAAAGACUUGCAGGUAGUUUUAGAUACUGGUGAUGUGGAUGCUGAACAGACCGCGAGCCGAGUACUUUUCUCCCGGAAGCUACAUUACUUGAUUGCACAACUUGUGAAAGACUCGGCGAAACUUGUCGUUCGGCAGAAUGAGGACAGCAACGGGUUUGAGACAUGGAGACGACUUCACAAGAAGUUCUCGUUGCCAGGAGCCACGCAGAGCACGUCACUGUUGACGCAGCUGUUGGACUUUAAGUUCAACCCAGCCACCUUUGAGCAAGACUUCAAUGUUUGGGAAACAAUCAAGAGUAGAUACGAACGCCAAGCCGGGCAACCUUUGCCCGACGGUGUCUCGGUAGCAACUUUGCUGAACAAGACAACGGGAGCUUUGCAACAGCAUCUUCGGUUGAAUGCCCAAACUUUGGCAACUUAUGCGCAGGACCAACUUUGGAACGACGACCAAGGCGAUUGGACUUACUUUGGUGAGUCUGAUGAUUGGACCGAGUGGGCGAUCAACGCCGUGAGCGAACUUUACGACGACA